GCUGGCUCAAGCUGGUAUUCUGGGCCGUACACAGUCAUCCUCAGGGAGGGCCUGGGGGAGUCUGGGAAGGAGGCAUCCAGAGAAGCAUCCACUGGCAGGGCGUCUGGCCAGCCGCCCGGGCCCUCUCCAGGGAGGCGUGCUGGCCAAGAGCCUCCAGCCCCGGAUGCAUGGAUGCUUUCCCAAGGUGCUGGAAGUGCUGCUUCCUCCAAUAGAGCCUGGCUUCCCCUUCCCAGACUCCUUGGUCUGAUGUGAAUGGACACUUCCUGCGGGGGCAGGUAUCAAUAAACACAUCUGAGAUGCCCUUUGUCCUUGCUGGCCACAGACCUCACGGGCCGACCUGCCGGCUCAGCCCCCCGCACCGGGGGCACUUCCUCUAACUCAGCACUGGCAGACUCAGUCCUGACUGGUCCUCGACUCUGUUUCCCUCUGUGCUCCGCAGCUUGAUGAACACGGAACCGAGCCUUUCCCUACACCCUCCAAGGACGGUCCUGGGGAACAGGGCCUGGCAGGGAACUGGAGACCAGUCUGUCUGGUGCUCCUUCUGAGGGUGGGGACCUGGCCUUUUGCGCCUAGCACACAGCCAGCCACAGCAGAAGAUCAGUGACUGUUUACUUACAACCCGUCGCAGCAACUGGACAGAGUUCAGCUGUUUGGGUUGGGCUUCCCAGGCCUGACUAAUCAAGCUGGGGACCCACCUCCAGAGGCUGGGGCGUCGCCUUGGCAACCGUAGGCUAAACUCAUGCCCCAUCAGGGAAAAUACACAGGCCUGCCCACACCCACACCCACACCCAUCCCGUGCACACCCACAGGGUUUCACGAGGUGCCUGCUGGAUGGAAAGAGGUGAGGUCACGAAAACUAGCAUCCCGAGAUGAAGCCCUUCUCCCCUGGACUGGAACAGAAGCUUCUACAAGAGGCUGAGGUUCCCACAGCUAGAAAGUGGCAGAAGCAAGCCUAAAUUCUGAGCGGACAUCCCUUACGAAACUCUGCACCCCCGCGGCCUCUCUUGCCUUGGGCCUGGCUCAUGUUAGGACCUCGGUCUGGUGGCGGCCUUCAAGGUCGCCACACCAUAUUCCUUGUACGUGUGCCCCGAGGGCCAGAACGUCACCCUCACCUGCAGGAUCUUGGGCCCCAUGGCCAAGGGGCACGACGUGACCUACUACAAGACGUGGUACCGCAGCUCGCGGGGCCAAGUGCAGCUCUGCUCGGAGCGCCGGCCCAUCCGCAACCUCACAUUCCAGGACCUUCACCUGCACCACAGCGGCCACCAGGCCAACAGCAGCCAGGAUCUGGCCCAGCGCCACGGGCUGCAAUCCGUCUCUGACCACCAUGGCAACUUCUCCAUCACCGUGUUUAACCUGACCCCAGUGGACAGCGGCCUCUACUGCUGCCUGGUGGUGGAGAUCAGGCAGCACCACUCGGAGCAGAGGGUCCACGGUGCCAUAGAGCUACAGGUGCAGAGAGCCAAAGAAGCUUCACCCCAGUGCAUCUUGUACCCACCUUCCCCCAGGGAGAGUGAAAGCAUCACGGCUGCUGCUGUGGCUACAGGCGCUUGCAUCGUGGGCAUUCUCUGCCUUCCCCUCAUCCUGCUCCUGGUCUACAAGCAAAGGCAGGUGGCCUCCAACCGCCGUGCCCAGGAGCUGGUGCGGAUGGACAGCAACAACCCUCAAGGAAUCGAAAACCCUGGCUUUGAGGUCUCUCCGUCUUCCCACGGGUUGCCAGAGGCCAAGCCCAGGCCUCCACUGUCCUACAUGGCUCAGAGGCAGCCUUCGGAGUCUGGCCGGCACCUGCUCUCCGAGCCCUGCACUCCUGUGUCUCCACCAGGCCCUGGGGAUGUCUUCUUCCCAACCCUCGACACCGUGCCUGACUCUCCGACCUCUGAGGCCAUCUAGGCCAGCUGGGACCAGUGGGCGAUCGUGGCUGGGCCUGGGGCAGGCGCAUUUGAGGUCAAGCCGGCCCUCCGAGUGGUCCCUUGGCCUUGGCCCUGGUUCCCUCCCUCCUGCUCUGAGCCCAGACUCUUUGAGAUACCUCUGAUGGCCAGACCCUCAACUCCUCUGGGUGCUACACGGCAGCAGGGACAAGGUGUUGGAUCCCUCAGUCCCUGUCUCAAGGAUGGUGGGGUGCCGGGAUCCCACCCAGAGACCCGAGAUUCACCAGCUGCAAAUGCCAAAAGGCCUACAUCCUAGAAGCCCAAGAAUUUUCAGCUCUGUGGCAGCUUCCUCCCCUGGGACAGGAGUCUUUGGGACCUGACAACACAGAGGGGACACGAUGGGCACUGGGCGGAACUCUCCCCGACCCAGUGCCAUCCUGCCAGGCGCGAGAUACAGGACAAGACGUGGAAAGACUCCUCCCUGCCGUGGUGAUCUCGCCUCUGCUCAUCUGUCAGACUCCCUCUUUGUAACCACGGGUCUCUGGGGCUGGGCCUGCCUGCCUCCGGGCCAUGGGAGCCUUCCCCCGCUGCCUGCUCCCAGCAGCCUCCCCCAACAGCUGUCAACGGGUUCAGCAAAUCUGGGCCCCCCUUGCCUGCCCUCUGGUUCCCAGAGUUCAUUGACCGGGGUCCCUGAAACAGGAAGUGCACAUGGGGGCAUGGUGGCCACUAUGGGCUAACUGGCAUCUUGGGUAACGGAGGCCAGGCAGGAGGUUGCAAUACCCACUGUAGGGGGUGGGGAGGGGGAGCAGGUGGAGCCUGCUGGGAAGGUGAGUGGAGACGCUCCACCUCCCAUCCUCCCUCCCCCGUCUAGUGCUCAGUGUGCUCACUACAGAAGGUGACCCCAUACUGUAUUGUCCCAACUGUGACACUCUUGAGUGUGAAGAGGGAGUCCUAUUAACUACACGGGCAACACGUGCAAGCCCGGUGAACGGACUGUAAGAGCUGGGUUUUAAUCCCUGCGCUGCUUCUAGGUAGGGGUGCCUGAGGCCCGGGGAGCCCUCCUCCACCCACCCCAGUCUUCAGUGUUCCGUCCCAUUUAAUCUGCUGAGUCUUCGCUGCAGAGUGGCCCUGUCAGGUGGGCAUGUACAUGGGAGGGUUUGUGGCAACUCUGCUCUGGACCCUCUGCUCUGUCUCCUGCUUCAGGGCAUAUGCCCUGGAUCUGUUUUAUACACACAUACAAGGGAAUCCUUUGUGGAAUUUCGAUUAAAGGGUUUUAAAACAUGGA